AUGUCGCCGCGCGCCCUGGUGCUUCUGCUCGCCGCCGCCCUGGGCGGCCUCGCGGGCAGGGCCUCCGCGGCGCGCGUGGGCGCCGGCGCCGAGGGCGCGCUCGGGCCUCCCAGCGACGGGAGCGCGGGCCUCGCGCGGGCGAACGCCACGCUGCAGGAGCAGGGUGCGCAAGCCCUGCUGCAGGUUGGCGGGGCGCUCUUGGAUCGAACGACCCCAGCCGUCAACGAGCCCUCCAAGUACCAGGGCUACAUACAGGAGAUCUCGCAGGCCAUCGUCAGUCACGACGAGGGUGUCCUCGCUGUCGCAGAUUACGACGGGUCGGACAACAAGGUUCGCGACGGGACCAUCCUCUUCAACGUCGUUGGAACAUGCCCCUCCAACUUAUUAUGCAGCGACCAGGCUGUGACAGUCGCGGACUUCGGAGGCAACGUGGUGGCCUACUGGAGCAAACCACAUCCAGAGAUCAAGCAGUGCACUCGGGAACGUCACGUCAAGAAGGGCGACUGCAAGAACGAUUCAGACAAAUUCCGAUCACUGGAGCAGCUCUUCAGAGGGGGAGGUGACUACUACAUAGACUCGUCGACGAAGCGGGCAGUGGUCAGAAAGGGCGGGGAGAAUCUGUACAUCUACCUGUUGUACGCGUCCACCUGGAGCAGCUGGUAUGGCACCAUGGAUGGGUGGCUGCUCUACCAGAGGGACCCGAACGCCCAGGAGUUCUUCCGCAUCCAGUUCCAGUCUGGCAAGGACGCGAAGUUCAACUGGAAGGGCGAGGGCCAGGCUCUCUCCAGCUUCUGGCCCGCGAGUUGGGAGGUGGACCUGCCGUGA